GCCAUUAAUUUUUUGUCAAUUGUUACAGAUCUACUUGACUUGACACCAGCCCCUAACAAUGGUACUCAUGGAAGUCUCAAUCAUCUUUUAAAGAAACCAGUUUAUAUCCCAAAGUUUCCUGAGGAAGCAAGUCACCCUUCUUCAUGCCCUUUCACAAGGCGGAGGACUUCUACAGGUGAUCUUGGAUGCUCAUGUGAUUUGUUGGGCUUACCACAGAGUCAACCACAGAUAAAUGUCACCGCUUUACAGGAAAAGGUGAUAGAACAAUACAAUUUGCCUUUUGGGAGGCCCAGAAUGCUGCAAAAGAACCUUAAUUAUUGCCUUCUUCACAACAACCACUAUGUAAAUGGAUAUAGCAAGGAUAUCAAGAUGCCUUUGUGGAGUGCAUAUACUGUUAACAAGCAUGAUAAUCGGAAUGCCUCUACAGAAGCCGUCUCCAGCUGUCUCCAGAUUGAUAAUCGUAUUCCUUUAAGUCCCAGCCAGAGUUGUUCAUUUUACAAAGCCCAUCCACAGCUAAACCAUGGAUUUCUUUUCCCACCAAAUUUAAUAAAGGAUGAAAGAAGUGGGAGCAAUGAAGAAUUUUUCACAAGUAAUGUUGUUCCCAUGUAUCGUGCAUUUCAAGUGAUCUGGAACUAUUUCAGUGCAGUUCUUCUACCAACAUAUGCUACAGCCAGAAAUGGUCUAAAUGUAAUCACUGGUCCUGUGUUUGAUUAUGACUACAAUGGCUUGUUUGAUAAGCCCAAGGAAGUUAAAAGACUCACUAAUAAUUCAGAAGUGCUGAUUCCAACUCACUAUUUCAUUAUGUUGACAAGCUGUAAAAAUAUUUCCCAGACUCCUUUGCAAUGUGAAGGGUCUCUCGAUGUCAAAUCUUAUAUCAUACCUCACAGAGAAGACAACAAUGAAAGUUGCACAAGCGGCAAGACUGAAUCCAUGUGGGUCGAAGAAAGAAUAAGAUUUCACACAGCCCGUGUCAGAGACAUAGAACUUCUGACAGGGCUAAGCUUUUUCCAUGAAAGAAAACAGCCUCUGUCAGAUAUUUUGCAGUUAAAAACAUAUUUGCCAAGCUUAAAAAAGGACUAAUUUUAAUGCUUACACAUUGUUGUAAUUUUUAUACAGAAAGAAAAAGACUUUACUUCAGGAAACAAGUGCUUUAAACCUUCUGGAAGAUUGUCUGAGGGUGCUUGAGCAAACCAGGAGCAGAUGUUUGUAUGCCAUGUUUGUAUCUCAGGGACAUAUUGACCAGCCAUAAUAAAGGAGAGUAGCUUCUCUCAUCCUUAUUAUCCACACUUAUUGGUAAAAGUUUUGUACUUGGUCAUUAAAGCCAAUCUGCCAGCAUUUCAUAAAAUGACUCAAAUAGGAGGAAAAAUGGUUUCACUAAAAGUGAACUGGCGGGUGUGUAUAUUUUAUAAAAAAAGAGAUAAUAUAAAUAGUGCAUAAAAACACGAUUCAUGUUCUUAAGUUCUUUUUCAUUCUAUAGUGGUACUUUUGGAGUCAAACUGUAUGCGAUUUGAAAGAUCCUGACCAGACCUUUUAAACUUCUUCUAAUAACAAUGGAAUUGGAUGUGAAAGCCCAAUACAGAAGAAUGGGGCACAGAUCUUUCAUUCUUCACCAUUUUCUUGAUAUAAAAUGUUUUCCUUGAGACUGUGGGUAAUAUGGUACCUCCAGAGGGAGAGGUAGUGCAGAGGAAAUCUCCUUCCCUGAUGCCGUGGUCCCAAUCUGAUUUAGGUUCCCCCAUGGCUGUUUUUAAAAGAGAUGGGGAAUUUGAUAAUGGAUCUUCAAUGUUACUUCUAGUUUGGUCCUAAUAUACUGAAUACUGAAUCCUAUAUAUUGCACUCUUUACUGUAUGUGUUGCUUCCUUGCACGUCUUGUUAAGGAGACCAACCCAGCCCUUUUGAGCUUUGCACUAAGUAUUCUACCACUUUCCUCAGCUGAUAUGUAUAAUGUUGUUUAACUUCCUGGUCAUUGAAAGAUAUGAUAAAACAUGAUUUACACCAAU